AUGGCGAAUGUAUCCAAUAAUUUUCCAGAAGGUCUCAGGAUCCUUGCAGUUGAUAAUGACCCCUCUAUUCUUGAGUUUAUCAAUCAAAUGUGUUUUCAAUGCAAUUAUCAUGUUACGACAUUCUCUGAUUCUCCACUAGCUCUGAAUUAUGUUCGGGAGAAAAAGAAUUUUAUUGAUUUGAUACUCAUUGAAGUUCACAUGCCAAAUAUGAAUGGCUAUGAAUUCCUUAAGCAUGUGGGCAUGGAAAUUAGUGUUCCUGUUAUCAUGAUGUCUUGUGAUAAUGCUAAAAGUGUUGUCAUGAAGGCUAUUGAAGAUGGAGCCUGUGAUUAUUGGACUAAGCCUUUGCAUGAGAACCAAUUCAAGAUAAUUUGGAAGCAUGUUGCUAAGAAAGUUUGGAAUGAAAUUAAGCUACCAGGAAUAGAAGAAAUUUCUUCUUCUGUUAUCGAGGCACCAAUGACGAACAAAAAACAGAACAAUUCAAAUGUCGAAGAAUCUAAUGAUGGUAAAUUGGAUGACAAUUAUGAACCCCUGCCCAAAAAGCCACGUGUGGUGUGGACACAAGAACUGCAUAGCCAAUUUGUCAAUGCAGUGAUGCAAAUUGGGAUUGAAAUGAUGAAUAUUCCUGGUUUGACAAGAGAACAUGUUGCAAGUCAUUUGCAGGUUGGUCUUAAUAUGAACUGA